AUAAGCACCAGCAGCCAGUGUGUCCCGAUGCCCAGCUGAGACAUUGCCGGCGUGUCUCCUGUUCUGCUAUUUUCAAAAUGGGACUUCGUCAGCUUCUUCUUCUGGCUUGCGCCUUCGUAGCUUCGGUGCACUACGUAGCUGGAAGCAUCCAGUGUUACACCUGCGUGAGCACCGUGAACGAGCUCACUUGUGUGAACGACCCUGACAACGUUCCGAACGGCAGUCCCGUCACAGACUGCGACAAGGGCGACCGCGGCUGCUGCACCAUCUUCCGCCAGGAGUAUCUCGAGGAGCCUGGGAAGGUGAUAUCGUUCUCUCGUGGAUGCCAGGAGGACUGCCCCUCCAAGAUGGGCACCACGAAAACGGAAGACGCCUCCUAUCGCAUUUACCAGACUUACUGCAACACUCCCAAGUGCAAUGUUGGACCUGGGGACAAACCGCUUUCGGGUGGCGGCGGCGGCGACGACGGAGGAAACAACGUCAUCGGCCCCAUUCCCGGCAAGGACGGCGCCGCGACCACGACCGUAUCCCUGGGGCUCCUCCUCUCGGCUCUGGCGCUGGCCCUGCGAAGGCUCUGAAGCGGCGCUCGUCCUGAAGUGGCUUCUGAUUU